AUGUAAUAAAUGGAGAUUGAAAAAAAAUUCAGUCAAUGUGGUGAUUAUAAUAUACUGGAGACCUUAGGAUCAGGAUAUCAUGCGAAGUAAUUAGUAUUUAAAAGAGUAUAGGGUAAAAUUGGGUGAGAAGAAUGGAUUAAAGGUGGCUAUAAAGAUAUUCAAGAAAGACCAUGAUACAGCUUAGAAUAUCAAAGCACUUACUAAUGAAAUCUUAAUACUAUAAAAAUUGAAUCAUCCAAAUUUAGUGAAUUUGAUAGAAUUCAGCAAUGCUUUACCAUAUAGGGUAAAAAUUGAUAAAUAUUUAAAUAGAGAAAAAAUGGUAAAAUAGAGUAACGUGUAUGCAUAAUAUUGGAAUUAGCUUAAGGUGGAGAACUUUUUGAAUAUAUUUCUUUAUCAGGAAGAUUUUCUCAAGAAGUUUCUAGAUUUUACUUUAAAUAAUUAUUGGAUGCAAUGGUCUAUAUGACAGACAAAGGAAUAUGUCAUAGAGAUUUGAAAUUGGAGAAUAUCUUAUUGGAUGAAUAAUUCAAUCUGAAAGUGGCAGAUUUUGGAUUUGCUAAAGUAAUGGAGGCAGCAAAGUUAAAAACGAAUCUUGGAACCCCUGGUAUAAUAAAUAAUAAUAAUAUAUAGGUUAUAUGGCACCAGAGAUUGUCGCUAAGAAAGAAUAUAAUGGAACUAAAGCAGAUAUAUUUUCUGCAGGUGUAAUAUUAUUUAUACUUCAUGCUGGGUCACCUCCAUUUUCUCAAGCUUCUGAAAAGGAUUCCUACUUCAGAUUAUUACUUACUAAUAAAUAAGAUUAAUUUUGGAACUACCAUUUGAGAUAUAAAGGUGGAAAUCCUGAAUUCUUCCCUUAAGAUUUUAGGUAUUUUUAAAUUCUUAUUAUUAAGAAAUCUUAUUAAUGGAAUGUUAGCUCCAAAUCCUGAUUAAAGAUUCACUCUAGAAUAAUGUUUAAAACAUCCAUGGACUUUAGGAUAAACUGCUACUCUUCAAUAAAUUUAAGGUGAAUUCAAAAAAAGAUAUGAAAGAGUUUAAGCUGAUAUUUUAGCUUCUAAAAUGAAAAAGCAAGCUUAAAAGAAUAAUAAUAAUCAAUAAAGUAUUUAUAUUUUAAGAUUUAUUAAUAGAAGGAGCUAUAGGUGUUUUUAGAGCUAUUGUUGGAGAAUGUGAUGAAGAAGAUUUUACAUAAGUCAUUUAAAAAUAUAACUUAACAUUUGAUGAGAAAAGAUAAAUUACUCCUGGUAAAGACACUGGAUUGACCAAUGAUUUAUUACUCUGUUAAGAUCCAAAGUUUAUACUCUGUUAUUUAUUGAAAUAUUGUAAGAAAUUCAAUGCAACUGUUGAUAAAAUUCAUGAAUCUAAAUAUAAAGUAAUUAUUUAAUUUUAUUUUUAGAUUAAUUUCUUAGAAGAAGAAGUAAAAGAAGUUUAAGAAGAAGAAAAUUAAGAAGAAGAUUAAGAAGAAGUUUAAGAAUAAGAAGAGGAAGAAGUUCAAGAAAAAUUAAAUUUCUCUAUUGAACUUGUAGAUUAUGAUAACGAAUUAAUUAAAUUGAAUGUCAACAGAUUGUCAGGAAAUUAUUUCUAAUUCAAAUAAAUCUAUUCGAGAAUCAAAUAAGUUAUUAGUUUGAUUUACAAUCCACCCUUGAAUCAAUAAGUUUAAUAAUAAUGAAAGUUAUCAAUCAAAAAUUAAAUCAUUUAUAAUAAUA